AUGUCGCCCGAGGCGGCCCUCCGCAGCGAUCAUGUCAAUCUCCUGAUUCACCGCUAUCUCCAGGAAGCUGGCUUCGAGAACGCUGCCAAAGCUCUACACGUCGACUGGCAACGACCCUCUGAAUAUCGUGACCCACAAAACCUUCCAUUCGCGCAUACCCUACACCGCAACGAGCUCGUGUCCGUCAUUCAAGCUGGACUUCACUACGAUGAUUUGCGCGCUCGCGUCAGCAAGACCAAUCGCAAAUUCCAAUGGACAAACAGCGCAGAGUGCGUAGAUGGAUAUGGGGAGAAUGCAGCGGGCUCGCGACCCUCCUCCAGUGGACGUCGAAAGGGCCCAGCGCCGGUCGUUCGUACAUCUGAUGACUUCCCCACUCCGAUGCCUAAGCGUCAACGUAGGRGCGAGGGCAGUGAUUCUCACGUCAACGGCGAGCGUGAAGCUGCAGAUGUCGAUGCGGCCGAUGCAGACGGCGAGGUAGACGCUGAAGGGGAGGAGGAUACAGAGAUGGCAUCUCCCGCGGUGACAUGGGAGCCUGAGGCUGUUCCAGUGGAGAGGUACGAUAGUGUCAUGACGCAGACUGAAUUCAAGGCACUUCCAAAGACGAGCACGCUGUCUUGGACGAUUGAUAAGCCUGGCGUCAAGCUUCUUGAAGGCACGUGGAACUUGGGACCGGAGCCCAGGCAUGCAUGCACUCUCCUGGUUGUUGGAGAUUCGCUAUGUCGAACUUAUGAAAUUCCGGAUUCUUCGGAUGAUCCGCUGCAGAUUAAAGCUUUAGACGAUCCGAUGCUUUCGGACGACUCUGACAUCACAGCAGUGGCCUGGCACCCUAAUGGUGAGGCCGCAAGCUUCGCACUCGACACGUCCGUCAAGGACGGUGAACAAACACAGAGGAAUUUUCCUUCUCUUGUUGAGCGCAGUCUCGAUGGAAGCAGUGCCAUCUUCCUCCUGGCACCACCAAUGCUCGAGCCUGCACCUGGAAUCCUAACGCUCCGCUACAAUCCAAAUGGGGAGUAUUUGCUUGCUACACAGACCAACACGAAGCGAGGACUUUUACAAGUGUGGAAAACUGCUCGUACACAAGGUUUAGAAGUUCAGACGGUCCAUGAGCCCAUCGCUUGGCGAAUCUUUGAGAGUCCAAUACACGAUGUCACGUGGUCAGGACUUGAUAGCUUCGCCGUCUGUGGGGAUGCGGGAUCAUCCCUCCUAUACCAGAUCGACAGCAGUCAGCAACAAGCGAGUGAGGCGGAGAUGACAGGAAGCCUCGAUAUGCGCGGUUUGAUAUCUCUCAACUCUAGCAUACUUUCCUCCGAACAUUCCUGGCACCACAUCCUUGUUGACCAYAGGCAAAAGGUUGCGGCUUUCGCAUCCUCGGAUGCCAGGAAGAUUGUACUCACGUCAAGAGUUCACAGUCCGGAGACGUCGCCAGAAACAGAUUUCACAAUCAGUUUGCCAGGAGAUGUGGCCGCACUUGACUUCCAACCAGCGCCGACCGCCGCCAAUGACGACGCUGCGGAAGCCGAUACUCAGUCUCCAAGUCUGCUAGCUGUUGCUCUCGAAGAAGGACCGUGCCACAUCUACAUCGCUAGCCRGCAGGCGGAUGGAAGUAUCUCAUGUACAGAAGGACCAUCGGUGUCAUUGGCGGAAGGCCCAGUAUUAACACUUGCAUGGUCUACCAGAGGAGACUAUCUUGCGAUUGGCAAUGCAGAUGUGGUGCAGAUCUGGCACGUCAACUCAUUGAAGCGCGUGGAUGGAGCAGCAAAUCUCAGCCCGGAUGCGUACGUGACUUGGAGACCGGCAUCAGAGGUCAGCGAACAUGAUAAUGAGCAGCAUGAUGAUAACAAGGUGCUAUAUGCGCCGAGUCUGAGCUGGAGCUCGGAUGACAGCUUGGCGUUCACAGCCGACAAGCAGAUCGCGAUCUUGCGCUUCAAAGUACAGCAGCCCGAAACGAAUGGUCAAAGCAGUCCUCAGCGUUGA